AUGGUUCUCCUCAAGUCAUUCUUCCUCAUCGCCAUCCUGGCUCUUAGCCAGUUGGCGACCGCGAACCCUGCACAACAAUGCCAGAAAGAGACUUGCAAAAAGGCGAAAUGCCAAAAUACAAAAGGCGGCAAAGGUCCAAUACCAAGAGUCCACCAGAUAUCAUCGAAUUUCCUCGCCGAUUACGGCGGAAAACCCGUCCCUUACGCCCGACCUCUUAAACCACGUGCCGAUUUCCUCGUCGGAGAAGACAGCAGAAAGGAAUGGAAGAGCCAGGAAUAUCCCUUCAAUAUCAUCAAGGAGAUACGCUUCGGAAGAAAGGUGUGCACGGGUACGGUAGUAGGGCGUCGACAUCUCAUGACAGCCCGACACUGCGUUCCCAAAGAGAUCGUACCUGCAAAGAUCAAGUACGGAAAAGACCGUGUGUCGCACGCGACUGAUGUUAUCAUCGUUAUUCCAGAACAAGAGAUUUGUCGUGAAACUGAUGACUUUGCCAUUUUGAUCUUUGACAAGCCCGUGUUUGAGAAGGAUGGGUACUUUGGAGCCAAGUCGUUCAAUUGCAAGAAAAGGAACAAGCCAAUCUACAAACAUGCCGGGUACCCCUUGAUCGACAAGAAAAUACAGCGCCUACGCCAAGACCACAUCAAAGUCACCGCUUGCAAUGUCUGCGACCAGGCACUUCAAAUUGCGACUGAUACGGAUGUCGACGGUGGUCAGUCUGGUGGACCUCUGUACAAUAUGGAUAAUGGAGGGGCCUGGUUCUACGGCGUCUUGAGUGGCUAUCACAGAAAGAUUGGCAGUAUCUUUACUUCGGGACCGAACUUUGUCAACGCCAUCGCGUAUGCGCGUGAGAAGUACCCUUAG